GGAGCUUUCCUGCAGCAGCAGCAACAGCACCAACAUCAGCAGGGCGCAGUUCCGCAGGUUUUCGGUCGUCAGCUUUGCCAGGUUAGCAGUCAUUCAAGCUGCGGAGCGGACUUCAAACCGGCGUUGCUGUUGGCGCCGCAGCUGCCGGCAAGCGCUGAAGUUGCUGUGGCGGCAGAAUCGUCAGGGGUGCUGCUGCCGCCGGGCUUUGACACGGCGCAGAAGCCGUCCUGGCCUUGGUCGUCGGCUCGGCCGCUAGGGCUGCAGCCACAGCAGCAGCAGCUGCAGCCGUCAACGCCUGGGCAGCAGCUGCAGCAGCAGCAUGAGGUGUACCCGCAACCGAACCAUCAUUUCGCAGCCCAGCAGCAGAGGCAACGACAAUACCUCCACCAGCAUCCCCAGCAGCCAUCUCAACUAGCGUGCACCGUCAUGACCGCAACUGGUCGGUCCGUCGCAGCCAUGGUGCCAAUAGCGACAGCAGCAGCCAAUGCCAGCAGUUCAGUUGCCGGGCAGCAGGGUGAGAAGUUUGAGCGGCUCAAAGACGCAUACAUCAAUGAACAGCUGCUGGCCGAGAUAUCUGCAGCUCCAUGGCCGUCAAGGCAGCCUCGUCACCCAGUUGACCCGUGGGUCACAUGCCGACCUGCCAGUAGCACCUUUCCAAGCGCUGGGAGCUCUGAGGCGGCUACCCUUGCCAGUGCGGCUGGAACAGCUUCUACACUCAGGUCGGGAGCUGCCCUUCCUCUAGGGGCCGCAGCACCGGUUUUUGCCGCCCCUGCUGCAGCUGUUACACAUGCCAGCGUUACCCUAGCAGGAGGCAACCGUCAGGGACAAGGUUUUCUGGCGGCAACGUCUGGUGGCGCAAUGGCUGCUGCAACCAUACGGCAUGAAGCACCCGCUGGCGUCCUACACGGCACGAUAGCACGGCCGGCCCCCUUUACCUUAACCCCAACAGCCGCCGCCGCUAACAUCUGGGAUGCAUCACCGCCAGCAGCACCCACACAGCCACAGCACGCAGUGCCGUACACAACUGCUGCCGUACAAUCCCUCCCUGGCGGCAAGAAUGCCUCUUCCUCUUUCCCGCUUGCGAGCAACGGCAGUGGUCCUACCUCACUCAGGUGGCUCGGUUUGCAUGUAGGGGAGGCCGGCUGCGGGUGGGCAGACGGCAGUGAAGGUGGAAGUGGAGGCAGCGGUGGAGGUGCAACCUCUGCAGCAGCACUGUUUGCGCCACCCGCAGGCGACCCGGUGCAAUUGCCUGACGCUUUGCUGGGUAAACGGGUCGGCAUGGAGAGAACUAUGUCGUCUACAGCAGUAGCAGCGACAGCGACGGCUCCAGAUGCUGUAGCUAUCACUGAAGCUGCUGCUCCAGAUGCUGGUAUGGAGCCCUGUCCCGACUGCCGAUGGCCGUUGUUGCGGUCUUCCGCUACCUUGAGCAGCGCGGUGUCACCUCUUUCCUCACCGCUGCUGCUGCAUCCCUGCAACUCCGGUUUCCUUGGCUUUGGUGGAUUGGGCGAAGCCAGGGCGGUGGAGAUGGAGGAGAUGGGCGUGGGUAUGGAUGCGGAAGAGAAGGAGGACAUGGAGGAGGUCUUCAGGACUGAUGCGGAGGAGCCACAACAGCAAGAGAAGCAGGGGAAGCUGCUACUACUGCAGGAGGCGGAGGUAGCCACGAAUUCAAUGGCAGCAGCUAUUAGCAGUGGUGGUGGUGGUGGCAGAGGCGGUGACCUUGGUGGUGAACCCACCGUCGGCGGCAAGAACAACAGCAGUAGUGGCAAGCUGGCCAGGGGUGCAGUGCUGAGCAAGCUGGCGACUGUUUUCGACUUCCCCGCUUCAAAGGCAGCUCGGCUGUUAGGGCUGAGUGCGACCGGGCUCAAGAGGCAGUGCCGCUACGUGGGCAUUCAUCGUUGGCCGCAGCGCAAGCUGAACAGCCUGCAGAGGUUAAGUUCAGCGCUGGCCGCGGACGUGACAGUGUCAGAGAAGGAAAGACUGUCCAUUCUGGAGCUUGUGGCGAAGAACCGAGCGGAUAUCCUGUCGGAUCCCAACGCCCCGCUGCUGCCGUACCUCAAGACCCUGCGGCAGACGCAGUACAAGCAAAGCCACGACCGGCGUGUAAUAGCAGCCACGGCUGCGGCGGUGGCUGCCGCUGUGGCUGGUCGCAGCGCUGUUGCACCGGCACCACCGGCUGGGGACGACCGCAACUAAAUCUGCAGGCAGUCAACAACAGCCGUACAGGAUGCUGGUUAAGCAUUCUGCUAUAGUCGAAUGUAUGAGAGCAGCAGGAGGUACGGAAUGAAAUGUGUGGAGUCGGAAGGAAAGUGCAUGUCGCUCUCAUUUGCAUUUGCCUUUAUCAUCUUUUUUGCCUGGCUGCAUAGCAAUGUACACCAUGUUUUAGCAUAUUAAUGGACAGAAUGAGACGUUGGCACGGCAUGACAGCUUUGCGUGAGAGAAAAGGUACGGAUAUGACCGAUAGAUGGAGGGAUGAUGAAGGGCAUGCUCUAUGUUUCAUGGACGGGCGUAAGGCCCUUACUGAUAGGAUCGGAGAUUGGAAGCAGGUUAACACCACGACUGCCACUUUCAAUAGGAGCCCCAGUGGCACGUUUGUUAUGCUGCUGUGCUGAUAGGUAGGAUGCCCACAGCUUUCGGAUGGGUACCAUGCUUUGCACGGACGAUCCGAUGGCAAUGACCCAUGGGUCAUCUCAGGACCCCGUGUGGUAUUUUCAUCCCUGAAACGGCGACCGCGAUGGCAAAUAUUGCUUCGUAAUCCUCACGGCUUGCCCUGCAAAGGCAGCAGCUGCUUAGCAUGUUGUCAGUUGCCUACAGACCAUCUGUCUGUAGUGAGGCCUCUGACUGCUUCGGACGUUGGUCGCUUACGUAUAUACCGUUGGUUGGACAGAAUGGUUAGCGGUUGCCUUAACCGGUGUUGGUUAUUUUUUCACAUUACUGGUUAGGAUGCUCUGCGAGGUUUGCAUGUUCGCGCAUAAUUUCCUGUAUGCGUUACGUUCUGGUGUCUGUUCGUUCUAUCAGUACGACACGUGUUGAGGUCGUCUGCUGGUGAAGUGUUGGUCUGCACGCACGCAAGAGCCUUAACAAGAUCUUAAGGGGCGCUGACAGGAAGCCUUCAUACACAAGGGCAUGCAGGGACGAGCAUUCAGCUGCCUAUUGGUGUGCUGCUGGAAUUUUGACAUGCAUGUUGUUGCUUACUUUCUUGCUUGUCGUUGUUGUUGCUCUGACCUCCCACUAACCACACUUAUUAUACUUAUUAUUACUGCAUUGACCAAGCCUUAAGUGAGGCUGCAGUGUUGGUGGAAUGCGUGCAUGACUGUUUGCGUGAUCCUAAGCCUGCUGCCCUAUACCCGGAGGUGAACGACACUUGGGGCACCCCUUGUGCGACAGCAGCAGUUCCAUUUUAUGCGUGUGAUUUUGUUGUUUUUGCGAGCUGGAUAUGUUGGGACGUGUUGACGACUGCUGCGGGUAUUAUCAGGAAUCUCUGCGUGCAUGCAGUGCAUUGCUGCACGUGGGGUGCUGCGUUUGCGACUUUAUUUCAUGCUUUCGGUUAUUAAUUUUAUAUUAUCGAUCAGGCAGGAUUUACGCGUACGUACGGUCGCAUAGCCCCGCACACGUUGCUUGUUAGUGGCACCUUUGGGUGCCAGCGUGGCGAGGGGAGAACUAAUACAGCAGCGGAGGGGCAAUGCAUCGCAUAAGGCCCGUCAUCAGGAGAGUAAAUCCGUGGUGUUAGUUGUGAUGAUGAAUAAAGAAGAGUGUGGCGCUGCCUGUGCAUGGAUUAGGAUUUUAUUGGUGCUAUGGAUGGAAGGAUUAUGCUGGUAUGCAACUAUGCAUGCACGGAGAAGGGUGUGCGGGCAUACAUCUUGAGAGUGCUGAGGGGGGAUCGCCCCGCCCCUUUUUCAGUUGGUGGUCUCCUGGGACGGCCUGCUAGACGAUUAGCCCAUCCAUCAGCCCGCCGUCAGCAGACCCCAGAGCCGCCGAAAAGAAGCGCGCGGCUUUGGUUUCCUUUGCAUUGGCUGGCAUGACAUACAUUUUUGUGGCAAGCCUAUUAUUAAGGGAGGCACGAUGGCCUGAUCUGAGGUUGGAGUAGUGGGUCCUACAUAAUAUUACAACGGGUAACUCAGGGGGGUUAUGAUGGGUGCCGUGCCGCCUUACUUUGGCUGCUGUUGACUACAGCUGUGCUGGGUGAUGGGUUUGAGGUUUGGCGGCGCCUUCCAAUCGGGCAGGUGGAGGUGAGGUCGGCGGUGGGGGUAUUAAUCCAAGACGGGUGGUUCCAUCAGCUGCCUGCAGCAAUGCAGGCGCAGCGGUGGAGGUUUUAUGUAGUGUCGCCUUUUGUGGCGGGCGGGGGCACCGGCUGAUGAGGCGCUAUGUAUGCAGGGAGCGACUGUUCCUGCUCUAACAUGCAUGCACCUUUCGAGAUGCGAAGGUGCUACAACACCAGUGUAUGUGCACGAGGAGGGAUAACUUGGA